AUGUCUACUCUUGUCAGCAUAACAUUAGAGACUAUUCUGGAUCAAGAAGAUAUACUACACGAAUGUAAAUUGGGAAAUAAAUUGCUUAUUGAUUAUCUCUGUCAACCCGAUAUUUUAAUGAAACUGGUCACAUUGGUUACAUCUGACCCACCUGAUGAUGCUUAUGAACUGAUGAAAGAAAUAGAUAUAAAUAUGCUAACAUGGCCUGUGAGGUUUUCUGAAGACAUUCACUCGAGGCGAGGUGAUUUUGUUUCAUCUUUAGUUGCCCACGUUGGCACUUCAGCAGUUAUGGAUCUUCUCUUUAAAUCUCUUUCAUGCUCUGAUUCGCCCGAAAUAUCAUCAGCUUACCUUAAUUUCUAUCACAAACAAGGAUUGGUGGAAAAACUGAUUGCGCUGUUUAAGGCAGAUGUUGAUCCAGCUGCUCAAUCGAAUGCAGCCCAGCUACUUUGCGAUAUAAUUCGAUUCAGUCGAGAACAUCAAACUUGCAAUCAAGAAAAUGCUGGACCAAACUCUCUAUUGGAUGAUAUAGAAUCGACUGACACAAUAACUAACUUGUUAACCAAUAUGUUUGAAACGAGAACUGAGUCAUGCCUGGUUAAUGGUAUUCAAGUUAUCCAAGCUCUUCUGGAAUAUCGCCGCUAUCGUGCCAAUCUGCCGCCAAAACACAAUGGAAAAAAAGUUUCAUAUCCCAUGUUUUCUGUCAACGAAACAGCGUUACCAGAUUUGAUGACACCGCUCGAUAUUGAACGAUUAACGAAAAGUGUGCGUCAGGUUCAUGCUGCAAUCGUGCCUCGCCUCGGAGAUUUUCAUUCCCUGCUCACCAACCCGCCAGAAAAGAGCCCAGUCCGAACUACAAUUGGCUUAAUUGAGAAACCGUUCGGCGCCACCAGAGUUGAGGUGGUUCAUCUCAUCCGAGCUUUAUUAAGUAGCAAUAAUCCGACAAUUAACCGCAAAUUAACUACUCUAAAAACGAUAUCCAUACAACAAUUUUCUACACACUCAAGUUGAGCAAAGUAUUAAUUGCAUUCUAGACAAUCCAAAAUCUACCUCACCUGUAACAAGUCCCACCGAAAU